UCUUUUGCCUUCUAAAUGUUCAGCACUCAGGAACGUCUGAAGCGACGCACUCCUAAUGGGGGCAUAAAUCGAAAGACUUACUUGUGUUUGCUUGUGGAUGAGUAUUACGAAACAUCGAACUUAGAAGCACAACAGCAAGUUACGGCCAAUCUAGCUAACUUUGCGUACGAUCCAAUCAACUGGAAGUUUCUGCGUGAAGCAAAAGCACACGAACUUUUCUAUGAAAUUGUGCAACAAUCGCUCCAAGGAGUGGUGGAUCGUUUACUUGUCCUGCACGCCAUCGUAGGACUGGCCAAUAUCGCGCUUGAUUCAGUAAUCGCCGAGUACAUUGAGAGAAGUAACGGUCUCAGCCAGCUCAGGACAUUGUUGGAAAAGUAUCAGACAGACUGUGAGAUAGUUUGCAACACCUUGACGUGCUAUUCUUUUCUGUUAAACGAUACCAGAACUCUGUUGGCAAAAGAAGACAAAUGUCUAUUAAGGUUAUUAGAACAUUUCAAACAGUCAGAAAGUAAAAGAAUUGUUAAUCUUGCAACAAUACUGGCAGAAGAUCUUAGCUAAAGCAAUGCAUUGGAUACAAUUAGUGAGAAGUUUUAGCAGCACAUGCACCAAAGUUCAACCUACGGUAGGAACAGUGUUCAGUUUGUCGAGAACAUUUCGCCAAUCCGACGUACAGCUGUUUGUGGCACUAACAGGGGAUAGCAAUCCAAUUCACGUAACCGACGUAUCUGACCUCAAGGAGCAGGUCUUCGUGAAUGGAGCCUUUCUGAAUGGUGUCAUUGCGGGGAUAAUCGGUACCAACUUUCCGGGCUUUGUUGUGACGACACAGAACUUUCGCUUUCCGAGCCGAUGCCGUUUAGAAAAGGAAGUCCUGUUCAGCGUAAAGGUAGAGGAAAUGCGCAAAAUUGUAACGGUUUCGUAUGAAAGCAAACAAAGCGGGCUCGUUGUUUUUGAAGGGACAGCAAAACUGUUUGCCGUGCGGAAGUGAAAAUAAACAAAUAUUCGACUGAAAAAAGGGAAAA